CCUGCGAGCCCCCCACGCGGCCUUCACUAGCCACCUCCUGCCGCGAGGAGGCCAGCGUGAGAGUGGGAACUCAUCUUGGAAGGCUAACAAGUGAUUUUUCAGCACUUAGGGGACGUGGCGAGAUGCUCACGACCGCCAUCCCUCUGAGAGGCACCCCCCAGUGUGAAAAGGCGCUAUCAAAAUCCUUCUCUGAGACCGCACCUAUUAAAAGACUGCGCCAACGUCUGGACACAGUCCAGGUUACUAUGGAUACUACCAUGGAAGAGACAUGGUCCCUGUCUUGGAGGAACCCACCUUCUGGUAGAGAUACCAGAGAAUAGAGACAUGAUUUGGAUGCAAUAUUAUGGGUGCAAAAAUUAAGUACUGAAGGACACAAUGUAUAUGAAGCUGGCCCAUGUUCUCCUCAUUACUACACUUCAGGUGUGGAGCUAAGUGAUUGAAUCAAACGUAUCGAGACACAAAAAGAGAGGCGACCCCUGGACCAGCGCGAGGGACCCACCCGCACCAUGACCGAGACCACCAAGACCCACGUUAUCUUGCUCGCCUGCGGCAGCUUCAAUCCCAUCACCAAAGGGCACAUUCAGAUGUUCGAAAGAGCCAGAGAUUAUCUACACAAAACUGGAAGGUUUAUUGUCAUUGGUGGGAUUGUGUCUCCUGUCCAUGACUCCUAUGGAAAACAGGGCCUUGUGUCGAGCCGGCACCGUCUCAUCAUGUGUCAGCUGGCCGUCCAGAAUUCCGACUGGAUCAGGGUGGACCCGUGGGAGUGCUAUCAGGACACCUGGCAGACAACCUGCAGCGUCCUCGAACACCAUCGGGACCUCAUGAAGCGGGUGACUGGCUGCAUCCUCUCCAAUGUCAACACACCCUCCAUGACGCCUGUGAUUGGACAGCCCCAAAAUGAGACCUCCCAGCCCAUUUACCAGAACAGCAAUGUGCCCACCAAGCCCACUGCAGCCAAGAUCCUGGGAAAGGUGGGAGAAAGCCUAAGCCGGAUCUGCUGUGUCCGCCCACCGGUGGAGCGCUUCACCUUUGUGGAUGAGAAUGCCAAUCUGGGCACAGUGAUGCGGUACGAGGAGAUUGAGCUGCGGAUCUUGCUGCUGUGUGGCAGUGACCUUCUGGAGUCCUUCUGCAUCCCAGGGCUCUGGAAUGAGGCAGAUAUGGAGGUGAUUGUCGGGGACUUUGGGAUCGUGGUGGUCCCCCGGGACGCAGCCGACACAGACCGAAUCAUGAAUCACUCCUCAAUACUCCGCAAAUACAAAAACAACAUCAUGGUGGUAAAGGAUGACAUCAACCAUCCCAUGUCUGUCGUCAGCUCAACCAAGAGCAGGUUGGCCCUGCAGCAUGGGGACGGCCAUGUCGUGGAUUACCUGUCCCAGCCGGUCAUCGACUACAUUCUUAAGAGCCAGCUGUACAUCAACACCUCGGGCUAGCAGCCCCAGGGCCCUCUGCUCCAGUCGUCCCUCGUCCUCCACCAACACACUGGCCCCUGCAGCCUCUGUCCGUCCCAUUUCUCUCCUGCCUCUCUGUUCCUCCAUCUCAUCUUGACUGUUGUCCCCACUUGCUGACUCAACCCUCCCACAGUGUGGAGGACCUGCAGAGAACCACGGCAUACCCCACUCCGCAGUCAUCUUCGGACAAACUUUCCUCUAGUCUCCGGGUUGGGGGUGGGUGAGGGGGUAGGGAUAGGGGAAGUGCGGUCCUCGGAGAUGCGCGGGUGUCCGUCUCCCAGCAUGCUCUGGGGAGGUGGCUCCGGGCCUCGCCUUCCCAGCAUGCCCUUUACCACAAAGGGCUAUUUUUCUUUCUUUCUCUCUUUUCUUUCGUUUUUUUAUGUUUUGUGUCGUUGUUGUUCACUCCUCAGAGAACUUGGAUCCAAUCAGUGUCCGUGGUUCUUUAUGUUUGUAGUCUUGUUGCAUUCCUGUGGUAUUCCUUCCAUUUUGAUAGGAUACCGCAGCCAGCCUCAGCUCUCAGAAGGUGCGUGUGGGCUACACCCGGUGAACGGGGCCGAGCCACCUCCACUUUCCCAACACCCUCACCCACCUAUCCGCUUUCUCCCCUCUGCUGCCCACACACACCGCAGUCUGGGGUCGAGAUUGAGACAUUCAUGUUCUGAAACCUGGGAUGCAAGUCUGGGAAUAGUAGGGUUUCUCAGAAGGAUUUCAGCCCAUUUCCCUAGUUUCAGAAGACCACGUUCCUGUUGGGCCUGUGAUCACACAGAGCCAGUCCCUUCUCCUUUCUUGGUGGCAUCUGUGCAGUUACUUAUUUGGGCUGUAACUUGUGACAGAAUGUGGGUUGUUCUCUGCCAGCCCAGGCAUUACCAAGGGACCUUCAGAUCACCAUCAAAGCCCUUGGAGGCCAUACUUAGCCGCAUUCUUGCAUUUGAGAAGAAUUAGUACGCAAGGCCAAAUCCUAAUAAUGCAGUCAUUUCUGAAAUAAAAUAUGCUAGGAAUUCACUCAACCAUAGAGAUCUUUGCUAACUGGAAUUACUUAUUGCCUGUUUGGCUGGGAAAUGCUUCUGUCAUAAUGUAAGUCCAGGAUGACCUAGGAGAAAGCAGUCAGUUUCCCUGAUGGGAACCAGUGAUUCUCACCCACUCUAGCUUGGUAACACAGGCGGCGCCUGAGGUUAGUUACUUUUUGAGAAGCAGAGCCUCAGCCUUGUUCCUGGGUUAGGAUUACAUCUUGUGCUGAGCCCAGCAGCCACAGUCAUCGCCUCCUGGUGAGCGUGGGCUCACAGAACAGAGAUCUCGGGGGAGUGUCAAGAGCCGCUAAAGUGUUUCAGCCCUUUUCUCCCUAAUUUCCCACCUUCCUCUGCUGCCCUGGAAAUAGUUUUGACAGACUCUGUUCUAGUUGUUCAGGCCUCGUUCACGACCUGCUUAAAAACCAAAAGGAAAUUACCGUCUUAUACUCUGUGUCCCUCAUCUAGUCUCUGGCUCUUGGGUUUUUGGUUCUUUGAGGAAUGGUCCCUGAACGGUAGGAUGAUUUUUUCAAAAUCUAGUACCAACCCUGGCCCAGAAGGGGCCAGGUAGGAUCUGACACCAGAAACAAUGUUCUUCACCACACAUUUCACAUCUGUAACAUCCUUCAAUAGCCUCCAGGGAAAGAAACUAAAUUCAACAGAAGAAUAGCAAGGUGGGGUGGGGGAGGUGCUGUUCCUCUUGCAUUAUGGAAAUAACCUCCAAAGGACUGAAGUGAGAUCCUAUUCUUGGGUCUCAGUGUUUGGCUAAGGAUCAUGGAAUCAUAAACUGGAAAGAUCUUUAGAGAUUUGUUGAUCCAACCUUUCCUUUAAAGGAUGAGGGAGCAGAGAUCCACUGGAUUAAAUGGCUGGUCCAAGGUCACACAGCAAGUGUAGAGUCUGGCAAAAGGCUAACGUCUCCCUGACCCCUUAGGUCAUCACACCACAUGGUCCCUGAUCCUCUGGUUCCCCAUGAUACUGACCAGGUAAGAUGUAGUUUUCAGCCUUUACCUGGCGUCUUUCUCUUAAGUUAUGUUUGUCUCAGGUGCUCCCUGUAUAUGGCCUUGUGUUUGCUAGUCCUGGGGGAGGGUGUGAUGGUGAGGAAGGCUGUAGCUAGGUUUCCCUUAGAAACCGAUAGCUGGAGAUGGCAACGGCUUGGAGGAAAUCUGAAUCCAAGAAAGGAUUGCUUUGUGGAAGACAAAGACCCAGAAAGUGCUCAAGAUUGCAUUCGUGCUGGAGAGAGAGUGACAGAAGUAUCUUUGUCUAGGCAAGACAGCUGCAAGCCAGGAAACGAAACAAAGGAAAUCAGGGAGCUGGAUUCCCUGGGGGAACACGCAUUUUCAAGGAUAUGGAGUUUAUGGAUAGAGUUUAUUCUGAAGAUCCACGUGAGCAGAUCUGAGAAAGACCAGCUGUCUUUUGUCUCUUUGGCCCACUUUUCCUUUGCUGGGCUCUGUGGUCAAGCCCCAUUUAGUCCACGACCCAUGAGAGGAAACAGGGCUGGCUCUCGGCAU